AUGAGUCAACGACAGAAAGUGGUUGAUUUGUAUAAAACCCUAUUCUACAUGGGACGAGAGUAUCCAAAAGGCAGCGAAUGGUUUCAUAGCAGACUGAAGAAAGCUUUUCUGAAAAACAAGGAUGUGAGUGAUCCAAAUGAAAUUGGCAAACUUAUAAAGCACGGCGAGUUUGUGGUCAAAGAGAUUGAAGCCUUAUACAAGCUUAAGAAGUACAGAACGUUGAAAGAUCGCUAUUAUUCAGACCAAUAG